AUGGCGGCCCCCAAUAUGAGCGUGGGUAAACCUACCGCGGACCGUUUACCGUGCAAUACCACCAGUUUUCAGAAGAAAUCACGAAGCAAACUAGUUUCAAUACCUGGCACAAGACCUUCGAUUCAAAAUGGGCAACUUAUUGUUUCGACUGGUGUCACAUCUCUCGACUACGUGAUUGGUGGUGGUUUAGCAGUUGGAACCCUUCUCCUCAUAGAGGAGGACCGAUAUGACAGCUACUCUCGUAUGCUACUCAAGUACUUCCUGGCAGAGGGGGUGGUGUGUGGACAUGAACUCUACGUGGCGUCUGCCCUGGACCACCCCAAUGACAUCCUACAGGAGCUCCCCGCCCCCAUCCUGGAUGACAUCGCCAGCCCCAAAACAGUGGAGGACCAGGCAAAGUCAUGUGACCCUGAGAGUCAGGACGCCAUGAAGAUCGCCUGGCGCUACCAGCACCUGCCAAAAGUACAGACGGCCCUGGCGUCCUCGUCGAGGUUCGGACACUACUACGACGUCUCCAAGACAAUGGACCCUGAGAUCUGCCAGGCGGCCAGGUGCCACGGCUUCUACCUUCCAGAACACUCCACCGCUGUGACAUCACCCACCGCCACCGGGCAGAGCCCUAUGCCAGAGACCUACUCCUCUCUGCUGAACAAUCUCCAGGAGGUCGUCCACAGGGAAGGCUUUGAUGGAUCCGUCCCCCAGACCAAGUCACGGAACAUCCUGCGGAUCGGGCUGCACUCCCUCGGCUCCGCCCUGUGGGGUGACGACCUGUGUUGCCGUGAAAACCCAAGCCACGGCCACGCCCUCACCACCUUCCUUUACGGCCUCCGGGCCAUGCUGAGGUCAUCGCUCUCUGUCGCCGUGGUUACCGUGCCCUCACACCUCAUCCAGAACAGAGCUCUGAUGGGCAAUGUAACCAGGUUGUGUGACACGGCCAUUGCUCUAGAGUCCUUCAGAGGCUCAGAGAGAGAGACCAACCCCCUGUACAAAGAUUACCACGGUCUGCUAGAUGUACGUCAGCUGCCCUAUCUGAACUGCCUGGUGUGUGAUCUGCCCGACAACAAGGACCUGGCCUUCAAACUCAAGAGGAAGCAGUUCACCAUUGAGAGACUACAUCUGCCUCCAGACCUGUCAGAGACGGUGAGUCGUGUGAGCCGGGGAGAGCUGACAGGGACAGCCAUGGUGGGCUCCUCAGGCUGUGGCUCCGGCUCCACUGGCAACAGACAUCUGGACUUUUAGAACCCCCCUCACCAUCAUCGCCGCUGGCAACAAACAUCUGGACUUCUAGAACCCCCUCACCAUCAUCACCGCUGGCAACAAACAUCUGGACUUCUAGAACCCCCUCACCAUUAUCACCGCUGGCAACAAACAUCUGGACUUCUGGAACCCCCUCACCAUUAUCACCGCUGGCAACAAACACCUGGACUUCUAGAACCCCCUCAACAUUAUCACUGCUGGCAACAAACAUCUGGACUUCUAGAACCCCACUCACCAUUAUCACCGCUGGCAACAAACACCUGGACUUCUGGAACCCCCUCACCAUUAUCACCACUGGCAACAAACACCUGGACUUCUGGAACCCCCUCACCAUUAUCACCGCUGGCAACAAACACCUGGACUUCUAGAACCCCCUCACCAUUAUCACCGCUGGCAACAAACACCUGGACUUCUAGAACCCCCUCACCAUUAUCACCGCUGGCAACAAACACCUGGACUUCUAGAACCCCCCUCACCAUUAUCACCGCUGGCAACAAACACCUGGACUUCUAGAACCCCCCUCACCAUUAUCACCGCUGGCAACAAACAUCUGGACUUCUAGAACCCCCUCACCAUUAUCACCGCUGGCAACAAACACCUGGACUUCUAGAACCCCCCUCACCAUUAUCACCGCUGGCAACAAACACCUGGAUUUCUAGACCCCCCCUCACCAUUAUCACCGCUGGCAACAAACAUCUGGACUUCUAGAACCCCCCUCACCAUUAUCACCGUUGGCAACAAACACCUGGACUUCUAGAACCCCCUCACCAUUAUCACCGCUGGAAACAAACAUCUGGACUUCUAGAACCCCCUCACCAUCAUCACCGCUGGCAACAAACAUCUGGACUUCUAGAACCCCACUCACCAUUAUCACCGCUGGCAGCAAACACCUGGACUUCUAGAACCCCCUCACCAUUAUCACCGCUGGCAACAAACAGCUGGACUUCUAGAACCCCCUCACCAUCAUCACCGCUGGCAACAAACACCUGGACUUCUAGAACCCCCUCACCAUUAUCACCGCUGGCAACAAACACCUGGACUUCUAGAACCCCCUCACCAUUAUCACCGCUGGCAACAAACACCUGGACUUCUAGAACCCCCUCAC